UUCCACCCCCAAGUAGUUUGGAGCAGCAGCUCCGUGAGAUAAAUGAUACUAAUGGAGUACUCCAAGUCCAAGAAAAAAUCACAGAACAAUCAAAUCAACGUGCAGAAUCAGAAGCUGAUAAUGAAAAUAAGCUCAAGUAAAAACGGCAGUGGUAUUGCUAGUCAUGUCAUUUUGUUAGGUGGAGUUUUUAUCACAGCUGCUCUAGGUUUUGCAUUCUUGGUUGAAAGAAAGGGAAGGAAAUCCACUCAAAGAAUUACAAAGAAAGAGAAGAAUGGGAAUUUUGAAGAUGAAUCAAGUAAAGGGCCUCACUUUCUUCUACCUGACUCUUCUCCAUGCAUAGAGCAGCAGCAACCGUCUAGCAAUGGGGUAGAGAAGUUGUCUGUCAAUGAUUCCACCUCCUUGUUCUCCACUCCAUGCUCGAUCCAGGAUGAGAAGCCUAAGCUUGAGAGAGGUGAUGAAAAAAGGGACUCCCAAAAUGCUAUAGCCUCUAAUCAUCCGAAAGAAGAAGAAGAAGAAGAGUCUCCAUCUUUUGAAAGAUUGCCCAUUGACAAGGAAGAAUUGGAGUCAUUGGACACAAAGAUAUCAUUGCUCCCUGAUCCUGAUCAAGAACCGAAUGAGGUUUCCAAAGUAGGAAUUGAGGUAAUCCAAGGAAAUGAGAAAACUGAGGUAGCUGAUGUGCAUCAAGCUCUAGCCACAAUAGUCUACAACCCUUCUCAAGUGGAUAAUAAAAUUGAAUUCUUGAUUGACGAGAAACAUAAUGAUAAAGGAGAAGUAAGUGAGCUGCAACAUACUGGCAAAAUUGACAAAGAUAAACAUAAAAGGGAUCUAAUUCAAGAACAAGAGAAACAAGAAAUUUUCAACCCUGAUGGUUCUUUACCAGAGAGCAGCACUUCCUGUGAGCAACAAGUCUUACCAGUACAGUUAUACAAUCUGCCCCUUUUCGAGCACGAAAAUCUGACCUCUGACUUUGAUCAAGAAGAUCAAGUCGUUGAAGCUAUUGAAUUUGUAAAGACAGCUAAUGAAGAUGAGGAUAAAGACCAUAGGGAGAGUUUGUAUUUUGAAGAACAAUGUACUGAUGCAGAAAUUCAGAUUGAUCAAUUUGCCAAGAAGCGCAAUCUACAAUUGCAAUUUAGUGAUGAAGAAGAGUGUUCCCAGGAGAUUGAUCAAGUGAAUUCCUGCUAUGAGGAGGUAAUAUUAGAAAACAGCCCCUUAUAUUUAGGAGCCUCUGAAGUCAGAAAUGCCUCAGACCAGCAUUCUGCUGAAGUAAUUCAAGUGAUAAAAGAAACAAAUGCAAUGGAUACUGCAGCUAGCGGAGAACAUAGCCUAGAAGCAGUGCAUUCACACAUUCAGUUGGUUGAGAAGCAAAGUUUUGAACACGAUUGUCAAGGAAAUGGGUCAGAGGACGACAUUGAGGCCUCAGAGACGCUAGCUAUGGACGCUGUAGUAGUGGAGAAGGACCUGGAAGCGCGAAGCAGAGAAGUGAAGGAUGAAGUAGAAGAGAGUGUUUUUGUUCAUGAAGAAGAAGAAGAUGUUGACAAAGAUGAUGUCGCAGAGGAAGUUGAAGAUGACAUCUCGGAAGGAGCAGAAAACUCCUCCGAGCAAUCCAACAGUAAAAAAAUUUGGCCAGCUGACUCAAACCAGGAACUUUUAUUGAAACUUAAAGAGAAGAAGGUGAAAGAAGAGGAAGAAGGAAUGAAAACUGAAGAUGAAGAGACAUGCUGCAAUUCGAAAAGCACUUGGAAUGAGUUCGACAUAACAAGUUGCCAACAGACUAAUGAUGGCAAAGAUGAUUCUGUAGUGAAUGUUACUGAGAGGUACCGAACGAAGCUCAUGAACCUGGAUGAUGUAGCUGCAAUCACCAGGGGAAGGAGAGUGCUUUUGGGAGGACUACUAGCGCUAAUCUGGUACUUGUGCUUAAAAGCAUUCUCCCUUCCCACAUUAGCGGAUUCAAAGUUUUAAAUCAGGGAACACGAUAUACUACUGAACUUACUAAGAUAAUAAGUGUCAGACCAAAAUUGAAUAAAUAAAUAUAUGUAUAGUUGGAUCUCCAAAGGAAUGAUGCAUGUCCGCCAGCUGCGAUGUAGAUCUUGUGGGGUCCAUCCCAUAAACAUUUCUUUCUUUUUUGUGUCAAAUUCGGUAGGCGUGCAGAAGGCAAUGUCAAAUGUAGUAGGCGAGGCUCUGCCAAUAAAAUGAGAGCUUCGGCUCUCAUUUUAUACACCAAUCUCAGAGGAAAAAUAUAUUUGAGAGUUAGAAAGAAAGAGUGAGGUUUGACAGACAGGGUAUAAGAAAAUUGUUACGCCCCGCAUUAUUACGUCGAUAUUGCGCUUUGCAGUACUAAGUUAUGACAGUGUUGCAC